AUGGCUAAUGAAGCAGAGCUGGUCUACACUGUGCUGGAGGUGGUGAUCGCCGCGGCGUGUUGCCUGGGUAACGUGCUGGUCGUCUGGGCGCUGUGGCUGUGUGGUGCCAUGAGACGGCAGCCGACGUUCUGCUUCAUCGCCUCGCUGGCCGUGGCCGACUUCCUGGUCGGGGCAGUGGCCAUCCCCGUGGCGAUCCUGGUGGACGGACACAUCCGCGCCACGUUCCACGGCUGUGUGGCGCUGUGCUCCGUGGUCAUCGUACUGACACAGGCCUCAGUUCACUCGCUGUUGGCCAUCGCCCUGGACCGCUUCUUACGUGUAUACAUCCCACUCAGGUACAAGACCCUGGUGACCGAGUUCAGGGCGUGGUGCGUGGUGAUUGGGUGCUGGAUAGGGGCGUUUCUUCUGGGCUCCGUACCCCUGCUGGGCUGGACCAAUCCCCAGUCUUCCUCCUCCAGCCCCAGCUCUCCGCCUGUAUGUCAGUUUGUAGUGGUCAUGUCUAUGUCCUACAUGGUCUUCUUCAACUUCGUCAGCUGCAGCCUGGUGCCCAUGCUCUGCACCUCAGGCCUGUACGCCUACAUCUUCUGGCGAAUCAGCCGCCAGCUGCACAGCAGGGAUGUGGCGUCCAAGCACUACUAUCGCGGCGAGCGCAGCCUGGCGCGCUCGCUCGCCCUUGUCCUGGCGCUAUUCGCCAUCUGCUUGCUGCCCAUGCACUUUGUCAAUGUCGCUGUGCCACGAGGAGUGACCUACCUUGCCAUCCUGCUCUCCCACGCAAACUCGGCCGUGAACCCUGUGGUGUACACAUUCAAGGUGCCCAGGAUCCAGAAGGCCUAUGUGCAGAUAUGGAGGAGCUGCGUAUUGUGGUGUAGCUGUGGUGGAGACAGCAAGCAGGAACAGAGCGGUUCAUCAUCGGACAACAUGGACAACGCUGUGGCAUCUUCAGACACGGUGAAACGUGACAUGUUCCCCAACACAGAGAGUUCCGAUAGUAGGCUGGCUGACUAA